UUGUUUACCUAUCAAAUGCAUGGAAACAUUUUCUAUGUGUAAUAAUUAAUUUCUCUCAAAAGUUUAGUAUUGUGCUACAAUUAUUUCUGUAAAGCAUAUCGUCAUUAUUCGAAAGGCAUUGUUGAUCAGGCAUGUUGGAACAAUAUUCGUUUUCUCUGAAAGGAAAGUGAUGAAAUUUUACAGCACUGAACUGAAGUCGAAAUAGUAACGAGCUAGUUGAAGGAUAAACGAUAAGUUUUUGGAGAGCAUUCCUGUGGCAGUGUGACUGUGUGAGUGAUUUUUAUAUGCAAGCAUGCUUCUAGCGAAAUGUCCAAGCAAGACAAAUACUUGAAAAUUAAAAAAAAAACCCGAAUCUGUUUUGAAAGUGUCUUUGAUUUGAUCAACUUGUAGGGUGUUGUCAUCACGUCCAAAAAAUAGCUAAUCAGAACAAUUUAUGAAUUAUUUCAUUGUUAACAAAGUGUAUCGAGAGUGCGGUUGAAUAUAUCAGAAGUAUUUCGAAAAAAAGGCUUGAAAACGCUAUUUAAUUUGGUCAAUAAUUAUUGUUGCUACUGGAGAAAAAUGGUUUUGUAUUCUGCCACUGCUUUGCGACGUAUUAGGUGUAGUGCAAUAGGACAUAAUUGAAAAUGGUUUAAGUUAAUUUUGGUACAAGUGAUGAUCGAUCUUCUCUACAAACUGAAAAAAUCUAAUUGAAUAAUUUUUCUGAAUAUUUUCGUCCACUCUACCAUUGCAAAUGUAAUCAGCAUCGAAAAUUUGCUGAGUGAAAACAACCUGUAAAGGGUCAACCUGCUACGUUAGGAGGAUUUUAUUCAUCUAAAGUUAAAUUGUAGAUCUGGAAUACUACAUUAUUAGGAAUUGUUGAAAAAUUGUUGUCAAAGUAGAAAUCUGAAAUUCAAUAGGAAGCGUUAUCAACACCGUUAUAGGUAAUACAAUAGCUGGUAUUAUCAGAAACGGAAUUACUUCAGCUUACUACGUUCUGAAUCGAUGAGGCAAUACACCAUCUUGAUCAACUUCUACCAAUUUCACAUUACUGCCAACUGCAGUUCAGGGCUAAAGAAGCCGACAAACGAUGCAUGCGCUUAUGGUUAUCAAUCAAAAAUCGACAAUUAAACCCUAACGUCGUCGUAAUACUGCUCGGCCAAUAUGAUUUUGUCAGAGAUUAAUUUUCAACAAGUUCAAAAUAAAAGGGAGAAACGGUACUGCAUACUUGGACCCAAAUAAACACCCGAACUCAGGCUUCAAAACAUUUGAAUAAAGUAAUUCGAGAUUGAAUUGAACGUAAUCUAUAAAAGUGUAUAAAAUUUAAUACAUUACCAGAGAAGUACAAAUUAAGUUAAAGUUUACAUUGGGUGGUCAAAACCAGCAUCAAUUGAUUAUCAUAAUGGCACCGAGUCAAAAAGUUACGAAAAAGUGGGAAAUUUUCGCUGGUCGAAAUAAGUUCUACUGCGACGGCUACCUCAUGACGGCUCCCAAUUCCGGUGUAUUUUACUUUACAGUGGUACUUAUCACCGGAACCAGUUGUCUAUUUUUCGCGGUCGAUUGUCCCUUUCUGGCUGAGCGGAUUACACCGGCCAUACCGAUCAUUGGUGGCAUUCUGUUUGUGUUCACCAUGAGCUCUCUAUUCCGCACUUCUUUCAGUGAUCCAGGCAUAAUUCCGCGUGCAUCACAGGAUGAAGCAGCUUAUAUUGAGAAACAAAUCGAGGUACCAAAUUCGCUAAAUAGUCCCACUUACCGGCCGCCGCCUCGAACUAAAGAAGUGUUCGUAAAAGGUCAAACGGUGAAGCUGAAGUAUUGUUUCACGUGCAAAAUUUUUCGGCCGCCACGUGCUUCGCACUGCAGUUUAUGUGAUAAUUGCGUUGAUCGGUUCGAUCACCACUGUCCUUGGGUGGGCAACUGCGUAGGAAAAAGAAACUAUCGUUUCUUUUAUAUGUUUAUAGUCUCUCUCGCUUUCCUAGCAGUAUUCAUUUUUUCUUGUACAACGACACACAUAGUUUUGUUAUUCAAAGAUGAGGAUCAAUUCUUUGAUAUUGUCAAGAAAACUCCGUUCAGUGUGAUAAUAGCGAUAAUAUGUUUCUGUUCGGUAUGGUCUGUGAUAGGCCUAGCAGGCUUCCAUACUUAUCUUACAACCAGUGAUCAGACAACGAAUGAAGAUAUAAAGGGUUCAUUUACUUCUAAAGGCGGACAACAGUCCAUAAAUCCUUAUUCUCAAGGCAAUAUUUGCCUGAAUUGUUUUCACAUUUUAUGUGGGCCGAUAACACCAUCACUAAUUGAUAGGAGGGGAGUUGUAACGGAUGAAUAUCGAACGCAGAUGCAACCGGCAGACAAGUAUAACAAUGCACCGGUUCCACCACUAGUCGUUGUGCAGCCCGGAUUGGAAACGGUGAAUAAGCCGUACAAUUUUGAGAAUGAUUCACAGGACACAGCUGGCGGUGUAUUUCGACAACGCAGUUACGAUAACUUACACAAUGAAAAAUCGAAUAGCAUAGCGCACCUUGUGGAAAACGAAGUUCCACUGUCCAAUACGGGCAACAUAUCGACGCUUGAGGAUACGACGACAACCACAAUCGUCAUGGACGAUGACGCAGUUGUCGAGUCGGAGCCAACUAAACAGACCAAUCUGAGCGGCAGCUAUACGAAUCUGUUCCGCAGUGAGGCGGCAGCAGCCAAUGGAAAAUUAUCGAGCGUUGUAGUUUUACCUGCUGGUGCUGAUUACACCGAUAAAAUCCACAAUGCUGAUAACAUUAUCAAUGCCAGCGAACUAUUGAUGGUGUCCAGUAUAAGUGGCCAUGAAAACUUGUACAGCAACAUACCGUCUCAAAGUGCUGCUGGAAAUAGAGUAAGAGUUCCGAAAAAGUCCAAUGUUGGACAGCUAGCGACAACGCCUCCAGAAGAGCAUACUAGCACUAAGUCGAAGCACGAUCCAAAUUUACAUCUAUACUCUAAUAUUGGCAGUACUAUUUGCAGCACCAACAACGGUAAUCUUGUUACCAGUCAACGACAGAGUUCUUCCAGUGGAAACAAUUUCCAUCAGCAGUCCAGUCAUAGCAGUAAUGGUGUAAAUAACAAUAUAAGUGCAACAACCGAUGACCCAUCGAUGCUUAAUGCUUCUUUUAUAACAAGCGAACUUGAUCUGGACGAUCCGGUCGUAACAAGCGCGUUCACGAACAAUUGUGCUCCAAUGCAACCGGUUGUUGACGCAAGUUCUUCCUUAGCUAUGGUCGCUUCGUCGUCUAAUCACGUGUCGUUACCACCGCAUAAAAGUUCUCAGCCAAUUACGGCAAUUGAGAUGAAAAAUGUUAUCAAAACGAUAGACCCGAGUAUAAUUAUUCAGGGUACCGCUAAUAACAACACCAACUCUUCCUCAUUCGCUGUUACAGCAGGACCUCUCACGUCAGCCAGUAGUCAUAGUAUUAGCAAUAAUAAUAGUAGCAGUAAUAUUAUUAACAACAACUCUAGCAGCUACACUGGAAGUGGUGCAUUUAUAACAGGCUCAAACCGAUUACGGCUGUUGCAAGAAUCGACUAUGAUCGAUACUGCACUUGAUCUCGAUAGUCUAGAUGGAUCGAUCGGAAACAACUCCCAGUCAUGUCUGGUAAAAACAGCAAUUGUAUGACUUCCUUAAACUAUCUAAUUACCUAUGCAUGCUUGACACUUAGAAUACUAAAGACUUUAGUUUGGACACGCUCAGCACCUGAUUGCGAGUUACUUUCCAAACAUUACAGUAACUUCAUAUUCUGUAAAUGUCUCCAGCUGGACCACAGGGUUGCCCUGAAGAAAACAGAAAGUCCUUGCUAUGCAACAUACUCUAGGAACAAACUAAAUAAAAUAUGUAAAAAUUUGAUGUUAAGAUGUUAUUAUAUAUUCUAUAGAGAACAUUUUAUUUUAGUGCGCGACAUAAUUUAAAAUUUCCUGAUUGUACAUUUGAAACCAGAUAGUGAGAAAAAGUAAUGAAGCGAUAAAUUACUAUAACAAGAAACAUCACAAGUGAUCGCACUUUGGCGCAUAACAUGAUUACAAAUAGCUAUAUCUGCUAUAAGCAGAAUAGUGCUGUGCAAAAAGAAUGCGUGGACUUUUAACGAGAAAGUGCUUUGGAUAGAUAAAAUAAAUAUAUUGAUGUAAAAAUCGCUUGCAAUGAAGGUGCACAUUGAUACAGCAGGGUUAUAAUAUAUUAAAUGAUGAUUUAUAAUUGUGUGUUUGCAAGUGGUACA